UGCAGAGCCCUGAUCUAGAAGAAGAAGAAUGGAGUAUAUAAAUAAAGAAAAGAAUAAUGGAUGUAUUAUAUAAAUACUUAUGUAACAAUAUUUGAAUUGUUAGUUAACCCACAAAGUUGUACACGUCCAUGGUAUGCAGACUUUCAACCAACUGUUCGGACUACAGAGCCGUUUAAGACCAACCAGUUUGCAAACUAUCGUUGUGGUUCCAAUCUGCAUCAAACAAAAUGUGUUAAUGGAUUAUGGUUUCCUGUGCCACGGUGUAAAGGAACCUGCCCUCCACCACCUCAGCUUCCCAAUGCCAUAAAUGUAGCUGAAAUGAGAAUCUACAAGACCGAAGAAGAAAUUAGCUUCAAGUGUCAAGAACAUUUUCUUCUUCGUGGCCCACAAAAAAUAAAGUGUGAAGCUGGAAAAUGGCAAACACCUCCACGCUGUCUUGGUUUGUAUGCUCGGUUUUGCCUUUGUUUUAAAUAAACUGGAUAUUACAGA